AUGUCUCCCAACCCAGGCACCCCCUCACCAUUUCCCUCUCAGGCUCUAUCAACUCCAACGACCUGCGGCUCACAUGCCAAAGCCUCCCUCCGUGGCAUCUCUCCGCAACGCUCACUCUCACCAGAAUCCUCUCCUCCCAGCCCCCGUUCCUCUCCCCCCCAAAGCGGCACCCACCAGGCGAUAAGCCUCUCCCACUCUUCGUCGUAUCCGUCCUCUGACUUCUCCCGUGCUUAUCUCCGAGCUCACCGCCACGCGUCACAUCUGUCGCUCCCUCUCUCCUUUACUUCCACUAAAGAACGCACGGCGUCCUUACCACUCACACCUCCCGGAGAUAAAAUCCCGGAUCGCCGUAACCCCCGCUCCUCCCCUCAGCCAACGUAUCACUCAACUCCCACCGGUCUUCCUUCACCGAACCCAUCGCCACUCCAAUGCCACCUCUCAUCUACUCCCCCCCGUCACUCAUCCCACAAACGACCCUACUCCGGGCCAGGACCCUCAGAGCCGCAGAAUCGCCCCAGGAGGUCUCCAUGUACACCUCAACCUCCUCACGAGCCCUUUCAAAUCGUCCCCAUCCAAUUCUCCCCACAAUCGCAUCCACAAACCUGUCGCCCACUGAAGAUCGUCCAAAGCAAGGUCAGCGGACCACACCGCGCCGGCGACCCUUCAUCUCCAAUCAGCUCCUCACUCGCCGAACUCCGACACCCCGCACUCAGCUCUCAACAAUCAAGCUCGCUCCUUCCCAUACUCCAAUCCCCGUGUCCACAACAUCCAAUCACACAGCACACCGGGGUCCCCCGGGCACCCGGCACCCCCUACCCGCCCAGCUCCGGGCUCGCACCAGCCGGUGUGCCCAACCGCACUCACGGGAGACCCCAACUCAUCACUCACGGCCACCGCUUUUCCCGGCUCGCCGCCUCAGCCUACCCCGCCGCCCCAGGAAUCCUCAUCCCCCUCCCGCCACACCGUCCCAACCCCCCGAUCCCUGGGACGCCCCCGCCCCCCCCCCCUACCGGUUUCUCCCAUCAACUCUGGGAAGUCGACAACUUUCUCCUCCCCCCUAGGCACCAGAAGCUAUCCACCCUCCGGCAAGAUCCCCCGGUCAUGUCGCCAUCCUACGGUAGCGUGUCCAUCUCCUAG